CUUCGGCCACCUUUUCACAGUCUGUGGCAGUCAGGAGGCCGAGUUGUGUGAAUGCCUGCAAGAAAAAUAAACGAACACACAAACCCCAAAAACGCAGUCAGGAAAAGAGUAAUUUCCAUUGUAAUUAAAGUGAAAUCGGAGGAACAAAAGUGGCCGCCUGGUUCGAGGAAAUGUGUUUGCCAAAUAAAUUGAUGAGAAUGUGCAUUUGAUUGUAGGCUUCUAGACAGCUCACUGGAUUCGGUUCGAUUCGAGCAGGCCAGGGCAGGGCAUUCUGCAUUCUGGAAGAAGACAAGGUCCAAAUGCUAAUAUCCCUAGAAGACGCAUCUACGGGAAUCACAGCUGCUAGACAGAACUGAAAGGAGGAGGCUCCGCCGAUACAUAACCACAUUUAGAGAGACCAAGAGCCAUGGCGCCAUUUAAGCUGAAGUUUCGCAUGGGCAGCUCCCGGAGUACAUCGCAAGAGCACGACCCGGAUCCGCAGGUGAACGAGGCUCUACUGGGCAACCAGCAACAGCAGCAGGAGGUUCAGAAACAACAGCACCACAACAACCAAGAGCUGCUCCAGCAGCACGUGGAAGUGGAGGCCAGCAGCAGCUCCAGCCUAGACCUGGCCGACUGCAAUGGUCUGGGUCCAAUGAGCAGCGAGCGAAAGCGUCUCUUGCCACAGAACAGCAACAGCAACAGCAUGCGUUACCUCAACCAGAGCCGCACGCCGUGCAUCAACGAGUCGCUGACGGACACGGAUGCCGAGAUUUUACCCACCACCCCACCGCCUUCCUACGAGCAUGUGCUAGAGGAGGACACGCGCUUGUCCCAGCAUCAGCGACAGGUGUCCCAGGACAGCGCCACCUUGGAGCAGCUGGAGGGGGGGAACAGCAGAAGCAGCACCAGCAGCAGCCUGUGCAACGAUCCGGACUGCCAGCAGAAUCUCAACCAGAACUACUCACAUUGCGGCGCCAGCAGCAGCCUCGGGGGCAACCACCACAACAACAACAACAACAACAACGAGGGGGAGCGCGAGGGAGUGUUCGAGCUGGAGCAGCAGAGCGACACGGAGUUCGAUUGUCCGGAGGACGACCUCAACACGAUUAGCGUGAACGAAUUUCUACUGGAAACGGAAAUGGCGGCAUCCUCUUCCCGGUGCACGGACAACCUCUACGCCGGAGACGAGAAUGAUGCAGGGCAGAGCCAGUGCACGGACGACCAGUGUGCCCAGUGCAGCGAGGAGCGUGGGGCGGCCGGAGAGGAGGCGGCUCCCGACGGGGACGAGGCCAGCACCAGCAGUCAGGCAGCAGCAUUCUACGACCCACUUUUGAAUCGCGGCAGCUACGUCAGCUACAACGAGGGUGGCAAUUCCAAUUCGAGGCCCGUCUCUAGCAACAGUCAGCUGUGCCAGGAAGCCUGCUGUUCCGGCUCCGCCUCCGGUUCGGUGGCUUCCCGUUCCCGCAGUGGACGUCGCCAGCAACAGCAGCAGCAGCAGCAGCAACAAUCCAAUUGCCACACCAAUCUGCUCACACCGGAAAUGAUGAGCAACAAGACGAGCAAGGAGAUCUACAAGGAUCUGGCCAAGCAAUGGGGCAUCACAUGCAAAAUGUCCGAGAGCUGUCGGUGCAUGGACUGCCAGAGUAACUACUUCGAUUGCGACUACGAUGAUAACGAACACCAUAAGACAGACGGCGGCCUGGGCGCCGGCACACCCAUGUUCAUCAGCGAGGUAAUGCAUGGCUCUGGAUGCACCAUUUUGUAGAGGGAGACCCGAGACCCGCAUCCACAGACCACACCCACUGGUGGGCUAUAGAUUUGCUGAAAAAGAUGUCCCAUUGUCUUAUAGAAUUAUUCGAAGAUUAGUCGAAAGCAAACGAUGUGAAUGUUCUAUGUAGUAAGUACUCCUCCCGUUUGGUACAGUACCGGAAGGAGCAGCUUCACGUAAUUUGCACUGAAUGUUUGCACACUAAUUUGCAGUUCAAGUGCACUGAUACGAGUACAUAUAUUGUAGUAUGUAUACAUAUGUAGGUUUGUUAUUAUAGAGUAUCAAAAGUAAUUCAUAGAAUGGAAUGCCAAUUGGCGUUGGCCAGCCAGCGGAUGAUGGGCUUUAAAGAGAUCAAUUGGGAAGGGAAUGAAACUAAUUAAGCGGCGACAAGUACAUAUAUUUUUGGUGUCAACUGUAGGAUUUAUAGAUGUUUAAGCAAGGCCAAGAUUUCGGCAACGUUUUGCAAUUGUAUCGAAUUGAAUUGAAUCGAAUCGAAGAUGAACUAAUUAUAUUAUAGGCAUUAACCCACCUUGCAGAUGAAUAUAUUUAAUGUGUGUUCUUUCCUUUAGGGUGUUGUAUCCCUUGAAUGAAACGAAACGAAAUGUGGAACCUUUUCCCUAUGCACUAGGCUCUUUCGCUCGAGCUUAUCGUAAUCCGGAAGGAAUCCCAAACAGGAUUUGUCCAAACCUUUGCUUUAUCCGUAGUGUUUAUAUGUAUUUUUGUACAUGCAUAGCAAAACUAGAAGGAUUACUCUAGACAAGAUCCAACAUUAAGGUGUAGUUGGGUGGCAUUCCAGUUCCAGUGCCGUUGAAAAUGCAUACUCACUCGUAGUUUUUUUGUCUGGGGAUAUCAAGCCAUUUGGAUUACGCAGAGACAGAAUAUAGAAGCAGAAGAAGAUGGAAUGACACUACUACUACUACUACUAGUUGUUAUUGUCCAAACAAUUAAGCUAGUCGGCACUUUUGUGCGUUGUGGUGUUUAGAGACAAGUCAGUUGUUCCCUGAAAGUCAAUGCGAAACCAAUUUAACUUCAUCGAAAAGACGACACGAUAUGAAACGGUGCAAUGUUAAUUAAUUAUUUAUUAUUAAUCCGAACGAUCUGAAAAAAAAAACGUAGUCUGAAGCUAAAAAAGUAUUCGUAUUGUCCCAAAUUAGAAUCUUUGAAUGUAUUAACUCUAACGCUAGAAGUAAUGUACGCCGAUGAAGGGGAGGGGGGGUUUCAUUCGUAAAAAAAAAAAAAUAGUAAAGGUAUCAUAAUCGAUAGUAAAAGCAAAAACUGACUAAGUCUGUUAGCGAUUAGAGGGAAAUUAAAUGGAUAUAAAUGAUGAAACAAAAACAAACAAAAACUAAAAGAAAUGUUGAAGAAAUAGUUUAAAAUUCCAAUUAAAUGUGUAUUUAAAUCACAAAUGAAAUCGCAAACCAAACGAACCGAAUCGAACCGAACAGGCCUGGUCAAUGUUAGUUCAAUUUGAAAAAGGAUCGUAGGAAUUGUACAAAAAUUGUAUUUCGAAUGUUACGCUUGAGCUUUGGUACUCGUGCAACAACAAAAAUCAUAGCAUACAGAAUACAGAAUAUAUGUGCAUUAAACACCCUUGACUUUUGUUUUAUUACUCAAGUCCUCAUCGCCAUGAUCCUGCAGAAGAGACACCAUGGGU